UCGACCGGCACAGGGGCCUGACAGGAGCCGCGAGCGGCGGCGCGCUUGGUGACCAGAACCUCACACUGGACUUUCCCAAAGACAACAAACCUCCUUGCGCUCGCGUUCCAUUCAUCGCGCUUACAGACUGUAAGGACCUCCUUCCCCUCGACUUCUCACUCGCCUACUGGGACUCGCAGGAGCCUCCUGGACAGGACUCGCCGAUACUCACCGACCGAGGACAAAGGACGCCGACGUGUCGCCGAACAAGACGCACGGGCACCUUGAGCGCUUGCCCCGCAAGGGUUCAGCGCACAAACCACUCCGGGAACCGGGGUCCUCCUCCUCGCCUCCCGGGGGAACGCGCUCCCCGAAGAACAAACGAGUGCAAGUCGGGUGACGCUCCCGUCCCGUCAGUACCGGCUCACUCGCCGGCGUCGCGUCGUCGGGAGACGUGAGGAUACCGUCGUCGCGAAGCGGGAAGAAGGAUUGCUUGUCCCGCAUCGGUACUGUGCGCGUCGGCAGCUUUCGGUGGCAGGGGGUCGCCGGGUGUUACUCGGUCUUCGUCGAGGAGCCAACGGACGUGAAACGGUUGCCACACCAUCGGCAGCAGCGCCGCGAAGACGACGACAGGGGCCGGAGAGCCCCGCGGCAAGAACAGGAUGCCUCGAGUCUCGAAGACGGGGCUAGGCCUAACGCUCCUCUGGGCCACGCUCUAUCUUCUUGAUGGCGCCCAAGCAAGAUCUAUACAAAGGUUACCUGGACGGCCUGGCCAUGGCGCCGUUAAAGACGGCCGGUCUGCGCAAGGAGGAGACAGUAAACCAAAGGGCAACCUACUCUUCCAGACUGAGUUCUGGUGCAUACCUUUCAACCUGCGGUGGACCUGCUACACGGGCGUAAUCGAGUGCAACUGUGGCUCGGUAAGUGUGGGGUCUUCAUCCUUUGCUACCGCUUUUCAUACACCAUCAACUGAUCAACUAAAAAGUGUCGAGCUCCUCAAAUCAAAAUCAUCUUAG